AUCCCCUAGCAACCGGUCGCCAUAUUGAAUUCGUUGAAAACAAACCAGCUCACAGCGAACACAGCAUUGACAGAAAAGGCAUUUAACGAGGUUUCACGGCAUUUUAAACUGUUCUAAAUGGCGUAUGAUUAUGUAAAUAGUCUUUCCAGUGAGGCUAGGUUAAGAUACGAGUUAAAAUGUUCUGUAGUUGGAUUAAACGACUGCCCUUACCGCCUUCCAGCAGAUGCGUGGACUGAUAAUCCUACACAAUGGCCGGACAUGGAAUUUGGAAAUCUUUAUGUCUACCUCACAAGCGCACCAGGUGUUUGUUUGCAGGCGUGGUGACGUCUUCCCCACACGAGAUGAGAUGAGGGCCCCACGUGACAUGGCGUCGUCAUCUUUCGCCUUGCUGCAGUGGUGCAGACAAACAUGCGCGACUUACCCAAAUGUGGAAAUCAACAACUUGUCCAGCUCCUUCAGAGACGGUCUGGCUUUCUGCGCCAUCAUCCACAAACACCGGCCGGACCUCAUAGAUUUCAGCUCCCUGUCAGCAGCCAACGUCUAUGAAAACAACCAGCUGGCCUUUGCGCUGGCAGAGAGCAGACUGGGUAUUCCUGCCUUCCUGGUCCCUGAAGACCUGCUCAUCAGUCCGGUGCCAGACUGCUUGGGCGUGCUGACCUACCUGUCCAAGUUCUACUACUACUUCAGCACAGCCGGUCCUUCCGGUCUGAGGUCGGCACACCUGGUCUUACCCAAGCAGGUGAUCAGGACUCCAUCUCAUAAACGCUCCCCCGCUCCGCCUUCCUUCGGAGACGACGGCCGUGGCGGCAGAAGAGCGCACGCGUCUUGUCCCCGCUGCCUGCAACAUGUGCACCUGGUCCAGAGACACCUGGUCCGAGGAGAGGUCUACCACCGCAGCUGCUUCAGGUGCAAGGUGUGCCGCAGCACGCUGCUCGCUGGCUUCCACGCGCCCGGGGAAGCCGCCUGCUCGGUUCUUUGCUCGGAGCAGGCGCGAGGAGGCGCGAGGAGCACCUGCGACUUGUCUCUCGGCGGCCUGGAUCUGGUCGGCGGCCCUCGGGGCACGGAGGCGAGGCGGUCAUGUGACAAACAGGUUGUCAAAGCGGCCGAGCGACCUGUGCCGAGCGGGACGUUCCAGUCGCCGUGCGCCAUGUUCCAGCCGGCCGGUGUCGCCCAGGCAACGGAAGAUGGACGACCAAGCGGUCUGGCAGACAGCUUAGAGUCUGAUGAAGGGACUAAAAUGGAGGAUGUUCAUUGGGCGGGAAGAGGAGAAAGUAAGCAGCUGGCGCAGGUGUCCCAGGCAGGCAGUCCUUCCAUGCAAGUCCAGUCCUCAGCCAGUCCAUCUCUCAUACCAAAAAGUCCUGUGAAAAGAAACCAUCCCUGGCUAAGAAUCAUCCACCCUGGACCGUGGACACAAUUGCCUCCCGUGGAGAGCCCAGUACCCUUCAGACACUCCCGGUCUGGCUUGUCCUGGUACAGACCCAAAGUCCCUCCUCCCAAUCCUUUCAGCGGAGACCUGCAGGACCAUACCAAAGAUGUUCUCGCUGAAGCCACCAGUCAGAUUGCUUCCUCGUCUUCGGAGGCCCCCGGGGAUGAUAUCGUGAUCGGUGAUCUGGUUUUGUCGAGGAGUUUUUCCCAGCCAGCUGUUAAAACACCUGGGCCUCACGACAUGACCGACUCUGAGGUCUGCCAAGAAAAUGAUCAUUUUGAUAGAAAAAGGGAGAUGGCCAAAUCAGAGAGGUGUCAGCUUGUCUCACCUGGACGGGCCCCGGCUCCUGGACACGGCUUCCCACUCGUCAGAAGGAAGGUGCAGGCGGAGGUGGAGGUGGAGGUGGAGCAGUCUGCUCCUGCAGCGCAUCUGCAGGCGGAGGCAAGACGACUGAACGAGCAGCUGGAGGCGCUAGAAGAAAGAGGCGUCGCCAUGGAGACGAACCUUAGAAAGUGCAAGAAUGACGAAGAGGAAGAGCAUUUGCUGAGCGAGUGGCGUUCUCUCAUCCGCGAGAGGGACUCACUGAUGCGCCGAGACACGGAGCUGGUCUACCUGACCAAGCAAGGGAAGUUGGAGGAGAGGCAGGUGGAGGUGGAGUACCAGCUCAGAUGUCUCCUCAACAAACCAGAGAGCGUCUGGAGUGAAGAAGAUAAGAGUCGGGAGGAAAGCUUGAUGGCUGAGCUGGUCCUGGUCAUCGAGCAGAGGAACCACAUCGUCAGCGCUUUGGACCAAGACAGGCAGAGGGAGCGUGAAGAGGACGUGCUUUGGGAAGUGAUGUCCAAGAACCAAGAGUUGGAUAAAGAAGGUCUGAAAGAGCUGAAGAAGUCAAAAGGAAAGUUCAGGCCCGCCAAUGUUUUUAAAAGGCUGAACCCGAGAGUAGAACACGACAAGAAGUGCUGAUUCAAAUAUUCUUACUACACAAAUGGAUUCAUUCUAAGAAAUAACAUGUGUUGGUCCUGUUGAAUUGACUAUUUGUAACUGAACAACGAGGAGUGGUCUUUGUGUAUCACAGACGAGAGGACAUGUGCGUCUGUUAUUAGUAUGCAUGUUUUAUUACAGAUGUGUAAGUGAAUAAAACAAUGUGGUGAAACGGCGGAGUGAUGGGAAACUUGACAAAUAAAGGCAUUCUGAACAUAAAACAUACAGUACAUGUGUCUUUGUCACCUCAUCUUUUGCAGGAUUAUUUACAACUAGAAGAGGCAAUUCCUCAAGUAAGUUGAAGUGAAAUGCUGACAGAUUGUAGUAUGAAUGUAAGAAUAGUUUGAAUGUUGAAGAGCCGACUGAACGG